AGUGCUGCUGUUCCGUAUCUUACAGCACUCGAUUGGUUUGUUAUGAUGACUCAUGCAUUUUUACUUGCUUCAUUACUUCAAUUUUCAUUUGUUCAUUAUUUUACAAAAUUUGGUUAUGGUGAACCAUUGACAUAUUUUACAGAUUCCCUAGAGAGUGUUGUACUCAAUGAGGAUAGUGGAGCACGAAUAAAUUCUUUUGGUCGUCCAUCAUUUCACUAUCCUUAUAUUACUGAUUCAAACGGAAAAAGAUUUCGAAUAAAUAAAUAUUCACGAUUACGAAAUAUUUACCUUUAUUUAUGUCAAUUGUGGUAUUGUAUUUCAGGUAAUACAGAUUUUAAACGUUACAUACGUAAACGAACACCACAAUUGAGUAUAAAUAGUCGAAGUAAACUCGAUGCUUUUGCUCGUAUUGUAUUUCCAGUUAGUUUUGUUCUGUUUAAUAUUUUAUAUUGGUUCUAUUUUCUUCAUUUGCAAAAUUAA